CUUACUUGCUCCUUGACUUGGGUCCUGGACUGAGCAUCGCCCAGCGUGCACUGCGACUUGAAAUACGCACUCUUGACUGAAAAUCCACACUCGACGCAAUGGCAUCUCCAGGCGACGUUGACAUGGGCCAGGACGACCAGUCCCAGCCCUUCACCGUCGAGGAAAACAUCCAGCAGCUCAACGCCAUCGACAAGUCCAUCGUGCAGCUCAUGAACCACGCCGCCACAGCCCUCGGCGCUCUCACCACGCCAACGGCUGAGGGCUCAGCCAAGCCCGCGCUGGAUCCGCCCGCGCAGAAAGACGCCUUUCGCUCUGCCACCGAUGCCUUCCUGACGACGCUGCACGGUGUGGACGUCCGCAUGAAGCGCCAAGUGCUCGCGCUGGAGGAGGCCGGCAUCGUACGGCUGUCUGCUGCCGCAUCGCAGGACCCUAAAAGCACCGUCAAGGCGUCUCUUAGGCCGAAUGGCGUGGGCAAUGUUGGAAACCUGGACGUUGGCUGGCUCAACAGUAGGGGCACCAGGGUCGAGCGGGACAUGGAGGCGGAGCUAUGGAGAGACGCUCGCGAACUUCUUGAGAAGCAAGGCAACAAUUGAGGCUCAUUACCCCCGCAACAGAGCUUCCACUACCAACUGCGUCACACAAAACCACUAUACUCCGAAUGUCGUCCCCCUCAAGCUGUCAUUGACCCGGAACGCCGAUCAACAGACCGAGGCUUAAAACAAUGCAACCCGGACAAAACUUCUCGGCCAGAGGUGUCCAACGAAGGGAUCAAUCGUCGUCUUCGGGCCGCGGCUCAGGGGCGUCCGGCUCUGGUACAGGCACCCGUUGGUGUCCGCUGGCUGCCCCUUGCGGUUCGAGCUGGAUAUCGCCCCGAGGGUGAAGCUGCAGCUGCAGCGCGCGGUACUUGACACGGCACCGGCUGUAGGCGUACGUCAUUACCAGCACGACGACGAAGAGUACGCCACAGCUAACAGACAGGCCAAUGAUGGCUCCGACUGUGUCCGCGUCACAUGGGCCGUUGAACUGCGGAGUGACCGAGGUGACGGCCGUCUGAAGUACACGCUCCAUGACUACAACGAAGUCGAAUUGUCCAUGUCAAUACGUGGUCAGAACGAGCAUAUUUAUGAGGUCAAUAUCAAUACAGUUUGCUCCAAAUGUCCUGAAUGCUCC